AGGCAGAGAAGAGCUGAAGGAACCAAGUGCUAAAUACGUAGGUGAACAUUUUUGGCUCAGCAAAUCUCAAGCAGGAGCCAUAUGCUUGGUUGUCAGCAGUCCCGUCAGGGACAGGAGACGGCAGAAUCCAGCUGGGAGAAAUAAAACGUCUGUACUUGAAGAAGGACAAAAGUAGCUAGCUAUGUAGCAUGUUGGAGCUGAUUUGCAAAUGCUGCAUUCUUUUUGGUGAUUCUGUUUGCUGCUUGUUUGUGGCUGGCCAAUUAACGGAAGAAGCGGUUUAUGGUCCAGCAUACACCAACUGGAAAGUGAGACCUUUUCAAUCAAAAGUUUUAAACAUUUUUUAUUCAGUCGAGUGGGACGGACAAGCUUGAAUGGAUGCCUGGCUCUCUGGACUGCUUGCACAGUUUAGGCAAAGAAAAGCACAUACUGAUGGGCAUGCACCGAAAAAACAAAAGAAAAAGAAGAAAGCAUCAAACAUUAAAGAUGACGAAUUGGUUCAAGAAGGACUGGAUAUUGAUCAGUUGCAAGGAGAUGAUGCAUCCACAUAUCGAUGUCAGAGAGGAGCAGCUGCUACAUCUGAUUUUGCUAUAAUACGAACUUUGCAUAGUGAUGAAAUUAUCAAGCACGAUCAAGCAUAUACCACAGAACUGGAAAGUGAGAUUUCCACAACUGCAGAUGAUUAUAGUUCAGAGGUAAAUGGUUGCAGUUUCUUGACAAGAACAGGUGCAUCUACAGAUUGUAUUAGGGAAGAAGAAUUUGGAUUUGGAGAGAAUUAUUCUGAGCAUGGGAUGCAGCAUUCUUUGACACAACUGGAGAUCAUGGAAAAUGAAUUGUCUGGAAAACAACAAGAGAUUGAAGAGCUAAACAAAGAACUAGAAGAAUUGAGGGCAGCAUAUGGUACAGAAGGAUUGCAACAGCUACAAGAAUUUGAGGCUGCUAUCAAAAAAAGAGAUGACAUUAUUACACAGCUUACUGCAAAUCUGCAGCAAGCAAGGAAAGAAAAGGAUGAAACCAUGAGAGAAUUUUUGGAGUUGACAGAGCAGAGUCAAAAACUUCAAAUUCAGUUUCAACAUCUGCAGGCAAGCGAAGCUUUAAGGAACACAAGUCACAGCAGCACAGCUUCUGAUUUACUCCAGGCCAAGCAACAGAUAUUUACAUAUCAGCAACAACUAGAAGAACAAGAGCAGCUCCUGAAGAAAUAUCAGAUGAAAAAUGAAGACUUCGAAGUCCAAGUUUCACUUUUGCAAAAAAGAGUGACUGACUUUGAAAUGGAACAAUACAGAGCUGAAGAUGAUACCAUGAAGAAGAAACUACAAGAAAAAGAAACUGUCAUUGAAGAACUGGAAGCAAAAAUUAUUGAAGAGGAAGAAAAUAUUUUUAUUCUUCAGAAGAAUUUAUCAGCUGCUGAGAAAUUACUCGAUGAAGUAAAAGAAGAUGUUUUUCAAAAAAAUCAGGAAAUAAACAAUAUGAGAGUAGAACUUGUCAGUUCUAAACAGAAAGAAAGACAGUGUUCUGUUGAAAUAAAACAGUUAAUGGGAACUGUAGAAGAACUACAGAAGCAAUGUCACAAAGAUAGCCAACAUGAGGAUGGUAUUGUACAAAGAAUGGAGCUUGAAACACAAAGGAAACUUGCAGACCUCAGGGCAGAAUUAGAGGAAGUACAUGGACAGCAGAUUGUGCAGAUGAAGCAGGAAUUAAUUAGGGGGCACACCAUUGAGACUGAAAAGCUUCUUGCAGAACAAAAAGCAGAGUUUGAGAGAACUAUGAAUUUAGUUUCUAGUAAUAUAAAUGAAGAGAAGUUACACUUACUGAGUGCUGAAGUUAAUGAGUUGAAAAUGAUGUUGCAGGAUGCUGAUUAUCAAAGAGAAAAGGUAAGAGAGGAUUUAUCUAAACAGCUUGAACACUUAUCUUUGGAAAAAUCUUCUCUACAAAAUCAAGUUGAGGAUCUUCAUCAAGAGCUGAGCUUUACAAGGGAUCAAGUUCAGAGAGCUAAACAAAUUAUACAUGAAAAGGAUUCUAUGUUGCAUGAGGUAGAUACAUUAAAAAACACUGUUGAGGAUCUAAAAGCCCAGCUUGCAUCUGCUUUUGAGAUAAAACAAGAGCUAGAAUUGAAACAUGAUGCAGAAGUUACAAAUUAUAAAAUAAAACUUGAAAUGUUAGAAAGAGAAAAGGAUGCUGUUUUGGACAGGAUGGCUGAAUCUCAAGAGGCUGAACUAGAAAGGCUGAGGACUAAGCUUUUAUUCAGUCAUGAAGAAGAGCUAUCAAAACUUAGAGAUGACCUGCAACAAGAACACAGAAUAAACAUAGAAAAUCUUAAAGACAAUAUGAUUACACAAACGAACCAGCAGUUAGAUGGCUUAGAAUUUGAAAUGAGCAAAAUGAUAGAAAAUAUGCAAUCUGAAAAUGAUAACUUAUUAAGAAGACAGCAUGAGCUUACAUUAGAAAUAUCACAAUUAAAAGAUUUGCACCAAUCUGUUCUAAAUUCUAAAUCAGAAGAAAUGCUUCUUCAAAUCAGCAACCUCCAGAAAGAGAUAGAUAUUCUUAGACAGGAAGAAAAAGAAAAGAGUAUGUUGGAACAGGAAGUUCAAGAGUUGCAACUUAAAACAGAAUUCCUGGAAAAGCAAAUGAAAGAGAAAGAAGACACAUUUCAAGAAAAAUAUUCAUUGCUUGCAACACAGAAUAAAGUUCUUGAAGAUGAAAAUAAUUCUCUACAAGAGAAAUUAAAUAAUGCGCUUAGGAAUAAGGAAGAAAGUUUUAUCUUCACUGAUGGCAUUAAUUCCAAGUCAGAGGAUUUUGACUUGCAAAAAAGAAUAGAAGAAUUGGUAACUGAAAAUAGAAAGUUGCUAAAACAAGAUGCUGAACAUAAAGUAGAGCUUCAGAAGCUAAAGAACACUUUUUCAUUUGCUGAGAGGGACUUUGAACAAAAUUAUAAGGAUCUCCAAGAAAAAUAUGCUUCUCUAUUAAAGGUAAAAUUAGAUUUAGAAGAAAGCAGGAACAAACAAGAGGCUGAAUACAAAGCUAGGGUCCAGGCAUCAGUGGAAGAGACCCAGUAUUUACAAAGAGAUAUACAAGUUGUAUUGAAAACCGAAAGCAUAGCUGUUCAUAGUAACAGAGAAAAAAUAAUAAGGUCUGAAACGUAUGAUGUUGAGGAGGUUGUAGAAAAAGAUACAACAGAACUUAUGGAAAAGCUUGAAGUCACUCAGCGUGAGAAAUUAGAACUUUCAUUGAGACUUUCAGAUCUUUCUGAACAACUGAAAUUAAAGCAUAAUCAGAUCUGCCAAUUAAAUGAAGAACUUCUCUCUCUAAAACAAGAUAAAGAACUCUUUUCAGCGAGAUGUAAAGAACUGGAGUUGGCAAUUACACAAAGAAUAGAGGAGAAUAUGGAUUCUUAUUCACAAAAGGCAAGAUACUCAAAUGGGGAUUUACAGAAAGACCAUUCAACUUUUGGUGAACCUGAAAAUUUUGUUCCUGAUUCAGACAAAGACUUUAAUAGGGAAUUAAUAGAAAAGCAUGAGAAAUCGGUAGAUUUGGCUCAACAUGUUUCAGCAGAAAAGAGAAUACAACAAAAGAUGAAAUCAGGGACUGAAUUGUGGUCAGACAAUUUUCACUCUGUGAGUGAUGGUUUAGCUGAAGAUUCUUCGUGUAUGAAGCUUGUACAAGGUGAAAACAAACUCCAAGAGCAGCUGGAUGUGCUGAAAGCAGAACAGAGUGAUUUAAAGCUCCAGAUGGAGGCCCAGCGUAUCUGUCUGUCUCUGGUUUACUCAGCUCAUGUGGAUCAGGUGCGUGAGUGUAUGGAAAAUGAGAAGGAGAAUGCACUUUCAGCUCUUAAAAAAGAGCUCCAGUUCCAUCAUGCACAAGAACUGUGUGAACUUAAGAAAAGCCAGUUGGAUCUUCAGAAGAUAGAAAGCAUAAAAACAGAAGAAGUCCAACCUGCUCUAGUGGAUCUAGAAAGGCUUAGCAAGACAGUUGCAGAAGAAUGUUCUAAGGUCAUUCAGGCUCUGUGCAACAAUCUACCUGGAAAUUUUUCAGCUGCUCUUGGAUCUGGUGUCAGUGAGAGAGAGAACUUGCUUUUAAUGUCAAGGGCAGACGCUCAAGUUUUGCAAGGAACAUUACAAGGUAUUCUGAACAAGAUAGUAGAAGAGUAUCAGAAGCUCCUGGAAUAUCAUGUACAAUUUAUGAAAGACAUUAAAAAGGGUGGAGAAAAAUGGCCACUGUGUAGAGGCUAUGAUAAAAAAGAAAAUGGAAGUGUUGAAAAGAAUGUAGAAAGCUUACCUACUCCAUCACAGGAUUGUGUUGUUACAUCACCUUCUUGGGAAGACAUUGAGAACUUUAAAUCUCAACUUGAAGAACAGCAUGCUCAGGAAAUUGAGCAUCUUCGAUCAUAUUUCCAUCAGCAGUUGAAAGAAACUGAAGAACGUUACACUGUGGAGAUAAUGCACUUACAGAGUAGACUUCAAGAUACCAAUGAGUCUUCUGAACAUUUCAGUAUUUCUGUGGGGUCACAGGUAAAUGAAGUUGAGGAAAAAGAAAAGCAUACUGAGAAUGAUCUUCAACAAAGCACUGACAGGAUAGUAGAGCUCCCCAAUGAAAGUGGUACUAUUCUGGAGAAACAGUACCAAGAAAAAUUAUUACAAGAAAUAGCAAAGGUGGUUGUAACCAUGAGUAUAGAGUUUGCCCAGAAAAAUGAACUAGCAAGAAUUACUAACCCAAAGGAGGAUGAAAUGUCUUUGAUGGUACCAAAGCAAACUGGACAGGACUGUAAUUUCAGCAUAAAAGAAUGUCACAAAGGAUUAGAUAGCCAUAGAAAUGAGAAGAGAGAUGCUAAGUGUGAAGAAUUCAAGUCACUUAGUAGAGAGAUCAGUGAAGAGUGUGGUGAAACUUUGUCACUUGAAGGACAAUUUCAACCAGAUGUUAAGCCUGCUGUGGUACUUGGACUACACAAUGUUGAUCCAAGCUUUCCAACAGACACUUCCUCAAAUGUUAAAGAUCUUAUGCCAAAGGGAUCUCUAGAUGCAAAUGAAGUUUCAACCUCUAGCACAGCAUCUUCAAGCCAAAUAUCAUUGUAUGAAGAACGUUUGGAAGAUAUGCGUCUAGAGCUUGUCCGUCAGUAUCAAGAACAUCAGCAGGCAAUAGAAAUAUUGAAAGAGGGUCAUAUGCAACAGAUGGAGUCACAGAAAGAAAACCAAGAUCUUUUACUAGCAGAGCUUGACAGGCUUAAAAUGCAAUUGGCAGAGAAUAUCACUUUGGAUAAUGACAGUAUAAUCACAGAAAGAGAGCAAAUGCUUUUAGAAGAACUAGAGUCGCUGAAGAAGCAAACAAUACCUGAAAGAGAGAAAGUGUCCCAUGAAAUGAAAGACAAUGGUACUCAAACACAGGUUGAAAACGUGUGUCAGAACGAAUCCAAAGAACUGAUCUUAGAAAGUGAGGUUGAAGGAGGAAAACAGGAAGAAAUAUCUCCAGAUAUCAUUUCAAAAGAAAGAUGUGCCUUACAGAAAGCCAAUAACAAAUUAACGAAGAUUCUGUUGGAAGUGGUGAAGACUACUGUAGCUGUAGAGGAAACAAUUGGGCUCCAUGUUGUGGGACUGUUAGAUCGAUCAUCGAAAUCUCAGCUACCAUUUAAAAUGCUUGAUUGGGAGGCAAGAACAGAUGAUUCCAUAAAGCCAAGCAUCAGUGUGGGAUAUGAACCAGAAAAGACGUCAUCUUCAUAUCAUGGCAGUGAUCUAGAAGAUGAUGGGCAUAGCAUGUGGUCAGAAGGCGCAGAUGAAGGUUUUGAACUCACCCAGUAUCUUGGGAUGGAUAUAGACUCAAAAACUGAAGAGUUGGUUUUAAAUAUUAGUCCUCGACUUCAGGCAGCUGUGGAAAAACUUCUGGAAACAAUUAAUGAAACCACCACACAGCUUGAACAUGCUAAAGUUACACAGACAGAAUUGAUGCGAGAGUCCUUUAAACGGGAACAAGACACCACUGAAUUGCUCAGAUGUCAUGAAGAAUUACAGGAGCGAUUUGAUGAAGAGGUUAAAGCUAGAGAGCAGUUGGCACUGGAGCUCAGCAAAGCAGAGAAUUUUAUUGAUGGCUAUGCAGAUGAAAAAGCACUUCUGGAAAAGCAAAUCCAGGAUAAAACAGAUGCAAUAGACCAUCUUGAGCAAGAGCUUCUUUGUACAGGUAACAAAUUACAGGAACUAGAGUCUGAGCGACAACAGCUUCAAGAGGAGAAAGAGUUAUUCUUCAGACAAAAGGAUGCAAUGAAAGCUGAUGCAGGACCCAUAGAACAACGCCUAGUAGAUGCUGCAGUCGAUGCAGCUUCCCAAGCAGAGUUACUGGCAGAGACAGAAAAGCUAAUGAAGGAAAAAAUAGAAGUGCAAAAGCAAGCAGAAAAAGAAUAUGACUACCUUCAAAAGCAGGUGAAAGUACUGGAAACUGAUAUAGAGGAACAAGUCAACCAGUUUUUCGAACUAGAGCAAGAAAAGAAUGCAGAGCUAAUGGAUCUAAGACAGCAAAAUCAAGCUCUAGAGAAACAACUGGAGAAAACCAAAAAAUUUCUAGAUGAACAGGCAAUUGAUAGGGAGCAUGAGAGAGAUGUAUUCCAGCAAGAGAUACAGAAACUUGAGCAACAGAUUAAGAUUCCACAAAGAUUUCAGCCAGUCAGUGAAAACCAAAAUCGAGAGGUUGAGCAGUUGAUCAGUCACCUCAAAGAGAAAACAGACAAAUGCAGUGAGCUUUUACUCUCGAAGGAGCAGCUUCAGAGAGAUGUUCAAGAACGAAAUGAAGAAAUUGAAAAAUUAGAGUGCAGAAUCAGUGAACUGGAACAUGCUUUAAUGACGAGUGCAGACAGUUUGCAAAAGGUGGAGGAGAGGAAGCAGUUUGGCUCUUCAACAAUAAGGGGAGAAUUACCCCUAGAAGCACAGCUACAGGCUGAGCAAGAAGCUGUAGACAGGAAAGAAAAAGAGAUCAUAAAUCUUGAAGAACAGUUAGAGCAGUUCCGUGAGGAAUUAGAAAACAAAAAUGAAGAAGUGCAACAGUUGCACAUGCAAUUAGAAAUCCAACGAAAAGAGUCUGCUACACGACAGCAAGAACUUGAACAAGAAAAUAAAUUAUUCAAGGAAGAUAUGGAAAAAAUGGGACUAGCCAUUCAGAAUCCUAAUGAUACAUCUAUAAAAAAUCACCAUCCAGUUGCUGGAAAAUGUGUACAGAUAAUGCAUGAAAAGGAGCAGGAAAUAAAUGAUCUCAGUGAACAAAUUUCAAAACUUCAGCUGCAACUUGAAAUUGCAACAGAUAACAAAGUAAUUGAGGAAAAAAAUGAGCACAUAAUAGAACUGGAGGCUCAAAUAGAACAUUUAAAGAGUGAUCAAGAACGUGUUAAGCAAAACAGUGAGCGGGAAAUCGAGGAGCUGAAUGAAGUUAUUGAGACACUACAGAAGGAAUUGGCAAAUAUUGGUCACAAAAUUCUGGACCUUUCAUCAACUCAGGAGGAUGCAGAUAACUUGAAACACCAGCUUGAUGCUGUGUUGGCAGAAAAAGAAACUCUGAUGAAGCAGGUGGAAAAUUAUGAUGUAGAGUUAUCUCUUGCUAAGAAUGAACUUAAGGAAACAAAAUUAAUAAUAAGCACAUUAGAAAAGGAAUUAGAUGGGUUGAAGGGGGAAUAUGAAAUAAUGGCCGAAAGAUAUAAAAAUAUACAUAUGAAAAGUGAUUAUUCAGAAUCAACAAUAAAAGAAAAGACUGAAAAUUCAGAAGUUGAAAAUAAGAGGAAAGCAAGCAUAUUAAAAAAUGAAAUCUCACACCAUUCUGUUGCUGAAAAUGCUAUGGAGUCUUCUAGCAAUGCAGCUAUGAAGUUGCAGCAGCUUCAAGAAUCUCUUGAGGAAAAGGAGUCAGAGUUAAAGCACUGUUGCAAUCAAUUCAAAGAUUUAAAAGAACAAGCCCAAGCUGAGUCAGAAGUAUUUAAACAGAAAAUAAAAGAGCUUGAGGAAAAACUUGAGCAAAACGUUGCUGCAGCUCUUGGAAGUCAAGCUCAACUGAGUGUGGUUCUGGAGCAAAGUGAACUUCUUCCAGAAAUGGAUGCAAUUUCGGAAACUGCCAAGGAAGCUAUAACAUCUGUUCAGUCAGAGAAAGUUAGUAGCUUAGCUGGAGAAGAUGCAGCAUCUAGAUUAUCGGAGUUAUUGGAGAAACUUACAGAGAUGGAAAGCGAAUUAAAGAAUGCACAGAUUAACCUGCAACUGGAAAAAUCAAAAGUGGAAGUAGCACAAAAGAAAGAAAAGGAAAAGGAAGAAAAACUUACUGAACUUCAGCACCUCCUAGUGAAAGUAGAAGAAAAAUACAAAAAGGAGAAAAUGCAAAGUUCCCAGAAAGGAAAAAUACAAACUACUCAGGAGAAAACAAAACUGGAUGAAAACCAAGAAAGAAAUAUACUGACUGCUGAUCCUGAACUAGAACGGGUCAAAGCUGAGUGUGCUGCUGCCAAGGAAGAGCUUAGUAGUUACAUAGAAAAUACAGAGAAACUAAAAGAGCAGUUAACAGUAAAAGAAUCAAGUCUACUUCAUCUUCAAGAGGAGCUGAAGCAAACCAAAAAUAAACUAGCUCAAGCAGAAGAGAAAAUUGAGCAAAAGAACUUUGAACAAUCAGAGGGAAUACGUACCAACAGAACAAAUGCAUCAUGUCAGACAGAGAAAAUGCUCCAUAUUCACAGUUGUAACCAGACAUCAGAACUCCUUGUUAAAAAUGAAGGAACCCAGAUAGAUGUACAGAAUGGGUGCUCUUCAGAAGAAGUUGCAGAAAUAAUAAGAGAAUUCAGUGAAAAGAUUGACAAAAUGCAAGAACUUCACGCUGCUGAAAUAAUGGACAUGGAAACACGACAUAUCUCUGAAUCAGAAGCUCUUAAAAGAGAGCAGUAUAUUGUAGUACAAGAAUUAACUGAAGAAUGUAACACUCUGAAGGAUGUCAUAGAAGCCUUGAGAAAUAAAGAGGGUAUCCCUGGUGUCACACAGUCUGCAACUUCUAAUGCCAGAGAUGGAUGCUCUAGUGAUUCUAGUUCAGAUUGGAGUCACGGAGCGUAUCCUGCACAAACCCAAGGUUCAGAUACUUUAUCAGAAGAAGCAAGAGAUGAAAGUGAAGCUUCAACAGAUUUUCUUCCAAACAAAAUAAAGGGAUUACUAAGAGCUAUACAUCAUGAAGGUGUGCAGGUGCUGUCUCUAACAGAAUUUCCUUAUACUGAAAGUGAUAAAUACUCUGAUAAACAAGGGCCUGAUUCAUGGCUGGAAGAACGUAAGACUUUAUUAAGCGCUAUUUCAUCUUUGAAGGAUUUGAUUGCCAAAAUGCAAAUUCACAGGGAAAAUGAGUUUGUUGCAGGAGAUAUCUCAGACUGGCGAACAGAACUUAUAUAUGCCAUUCAGGAGGUCUUCCAAAAAGAAAAGGAUGUUCUCCUAGCAGCAUUUCAAACAGAAUUGGCUGAAGGAGGCAUUAAGGAUGUAAUGACAUUAAUGGAUCACAUAGAAAAGAGGCUUCAAGAGCAGGGAACAUACCAGAGAACGGCUAUGGAUUGCAUUCAGAAUGCAGACAGAAGAAGUUUGUUAAUGGAAAUUGAUGUACUGCAUGCUCAGCUAAACAACAGGAAAACUGAUCCAAAGGGGAAACUAGAAAUUGAACCACAAUGUCAAGACCUGUUGGGGCAGAACAUGGAAAUGCAAAUGGAGCUCAGUAGUACAAAAGACAAAGCUACUGAACUUCAGGAACAGGUGAAUUCUGAGAGAAUGAUGGUUGCAGAACUGAAAAAUGAACUUGGACAAACUAAACUAGAGCUGGAAACAACAUUGAAAGCACAACACAAGCACUUAAGAGAUCUGGAAGCCAUCAGAAAUGAACUUAAAGGAAAAGCGGCAGAACUAGAUCUGCUAAAAGAUACAGUGGUAAGUGAGCAGAAGAAAUCAAGAGAGCUUCAGUGGUCAUUGGAAAAGGAAAGGACUAAAGUUGAACGCAGUGAAGAAAGAGAAAAAGAAGAACUUGAGGAUUUGAAAUAUUCUCUUGAAAAUGAACAACAGAAAGUUAUAGAAUUGACUAAUCUUUUGGAACUUGAGAGAGUGCUGUCAAAUGAUUUGCAACAGAAGAUUGAGUCUCAGGAGACCUUGAAUGCUGCUCAGUUGUCACAAGAGCGCAGUUACAACUCUGAGCUUCAGGUUCUCCUUGAAUCAGAAAGAUUUAGAGUUCUUGAAGUAAGCGGUGCCUUGGAAAGGGAAAAAGAGCUGUGUGCCCAGCUUCAGAUGGCUGAUCAGAAAAUGCAGGAUGGAAGUUUUACACCAAUGGAAGAAUUACUUAGGGAACUGCAGAAACAACUGGAUGAAAAGCAUGACCGUGUUGUUGCAUUGGUUAGUGAAAUGGAAAGGUAUAAACUGGAGUCUGUGCAAUUGAAACAACAGAUGGAAAAGGAAAGGCAGAUUCAAAGGAAAACCCUACAGACUGAACAAGAUGCUAAUAUCCUGGCACAGAAAAAGGUGCAUGAUUUGGAAUCCAAGUUAGAAGAUCUUCAAUGGCAGCUUGGAGAAAAGAGGCAACAACUUCAUCAACUGCAGCAUGAAGGAAAAAAACUGCAAGAAAAGGUCCAAGAGUUACAAAACAAAGAGCAGAGAGAUGAAGCAGAAGCAAAAGUGGAAAAUACAACUUGUCACAACCUAAAUGAGGUUACAUGGGAUACAUCUAAUGAACGAACAAGGAAAUGGGUUUUCCAGCAGAAAGUUGGAGGAAGUGAAACAAAAGAAUUGUCUUAUUCUGCUCUAAUUGGCAUUGGAGGUGGUGAUGGCAAAGAAGAUGCUAUCAAGGAAUGCCAGGAUCUCCAAAUGGCUAGGCAAAAGCUAAGAAAUGUUUCUUCCAAGUUCAAACAGCUGGUUAAUAAAGCUGCUGGCAGAUUACAGUUUGAAAAAUCAGAUGAUGAAGACUUUGUUGGGAUCCAAAAUGAUAUUGAAGAUAUUAUCUUACAGUUAGGAGUGCUAGUGGGUUUGCCAAAUCUGGAAUCAGAGGUGAAUUCAGACUUGCCAUCCUCUGCUUCAUUGACUGAAAGACUACUGAAGCAAAAUGCUGAAUUGACUGGAUUUGUUGGCAGACUGAGUGAGGAAAAGAACAAUUUAAGGAACGUAGUCAUGAAACUUGAGGAGGAACUUAGACGAUACAAGCAGAUGGGACCCUGUGCAGACUCUACUUUCAGACUGUCACUGCAUGAUGGAGGAAACAUUGAUACACUUAUUGCUUCUGAAAGAGAGAUCUGGAAUAAAGAGAAAUUGAGUCUCCAGCAUUCCCUGAGGCAGGCUGAGGCAGAGCUGGCCAAACUGAGGGCAGAGUUACGGAAUGAAGCUUUUCUGAGGGAGCUGGGGUCCGAUUCAGAAAAUGCUGCUUUAAAGAGGAUUUAUGGCAGGUAUUUGAGGGCAGAGAGCUUUCGAAAAGCUCUCAUAUAUCAGAAGAAGUACUUGCUGCUCCUCCUGGGUGGCUUUCAGGAAUGCGAAGAAGCCACCUUAUCUCUCAUUGCAAGAAUGGGAGGUCAGCCUUCCUACACCGACCUGGAAGUUAUUACACACCGUUCAAAGGGCUUUACGCGAUUCCGCUCAGCAGUUAGAGUGUUAAUCGCAAUUUCAAGAAUGAAGUUCCUAGUUCGCCGAUGGCACCGGGUUACAGGUUAUAGUUUAAUAGGCAUCAACAGAGAUGGUUUUGGGCAGAAUUCAGGUAAUGAACUGCGGACGGAUUCAGUCUCUAGCGGUCUAGAGCUAUAUGGAGAACACAGACAUUCUUCUUACAGGUCCAGGUCAGAGCUGGAAUCUCUCAGAUCCCCUCUGUGUUAUCAACCCAGGUUCCAAGGGAUCCAUUCAGAAUUAAGCCCAGUUUCCCUUGCGUGUUCUCAGCUGCAGAAUUAUGAUCCUGACAGGGCUUUAACAGAUUAUAUUAAUCGUCUGGAGGCCCUACAGAGGCGACUUGGCAGUGUACAGUCAGCACCCGCUUCCUACACUCAGCUGCAUUCUGGUAUCAGAAGAUAAUCUUUACAAACUUUUUUGACACUGGUACUGACAUCAAAGGAAAUACCUUCUGCAAAUCGCUGCUGCUGCUGCUGUGCUUUUGUAUAACGUGUAUAUUGUGGGACCAACAUGAACAGAGCUCAAUGAUUGUAUGCAGUUCACCUUGCUGGCGCUUCCAGAAAGACUGGAACCUAUGUAUAUAGGCACUUUUUGUUGUCCUUUGAAAUGAAUCAUUGAAUUUCAUGUAUAUUCGUGGAAUGCUAAUUUAAAGAAUUAAAUUAUUGAAGUGUGUAUUUAUCAGAAGGUUGAGAGGAUGAAACGUUUUAUGUUCUGAAUGCGUAGCUCCAAAUGCACAACAUUUUCUGACCAGGCUAAAUGAAGGACUUUUCAUGAUUUUAUUCUAUUUGCUACUGGCGUUGCAGAGAGAAAUAUCACUUUUAGAGACUAUUUUUGUAAAGGUAGAAGUUUUGGAUUUUAUGGGUAUUUUGUCAAAAGUACUGAAAUAAAGACAAUUUCAUCCUUUUAA